AUGUGGGAGACUGUUGAGAGAAGCUUCAAUGUCCAAUCUACAGGAAUACAAAGAACUGUAGACCUUCUAACUAAGAAGUGGGACAACUUGACCCAAGUCCACCGCCCUAAGUUCAUGGACUACAAAAGGCAGCUUCAUCUGACAGGAAAUGGCCAAAAUACAGCCUCCUUGUCAGAUUUGACAAAUGCUGUCAUUGAUGUUAUUGGCAGGGAUGGCUGUGCCAUGGAUGGAAUCGGUGGAUCAGAAGAAUUUGAUUCAACAUGUAUACAGGAAAGCCAAAGCAGAUCAGAUGUUGGUCUCAAUUCACAGCCUGUAUAUCAGUUUGUAAAUGAUUACACGACAUAUCAGCCAGUGUUGGAGGCAGAUGAGGUUCCUGCCACGUUUCAUCUUUCAAGACCUGAGGCUAGCACGACUUCCAAAGUGUUCACAACCUCUACAUCAUGCAAUCGAUGUUGCUGUCAGGAGUGUAAAGCAAUCAGACAGCUGCAAAAAAGAAAAUUAGAAUUAGAAGUGGCUAUUUUAGCAAAGCAAUUAAAAAAAGAACAAUAAAGAUCAAUAUGCACAUUGAGUGCUGAUGCCAAAUUUUAUUAAAAUUACAUACAAAUAUUUAAGUUAAAUUUUGUGGCAUUGACAGGUUAAAUUUGGAAAGAGAUUACAGUAAUGGACCUCUAACUACAUUCUUAAUAUCCGAUAUAUGUCUGUUGCCAAUUAUCAGCACAUUUUAGUACACUUUUAUUAUAGAACAUAGUUAUGUAUUUUGGUACUCUUUAAAGUCUUUGAUUAAAACUAUUGUUAACUUGCAUGUACCGAGUAUUUGGUAAUCCACCUUGUUGUUCAUUGAUGGCAUUUCAGAAAUUAUGCAACUUGUGUUCUGCACA